CAGCCAUUGAGGCAGAGCUUGACAUGCCAGUCAAGCUGGCUGCCUGUCUUGGUCGCUAAUCAACAGAGGCCUCUGCGGGAAAGGUUCAAAGAAAGAGGUGAAGUCAGGGCAGGGGAGUAUUGGUGGGCGGGGGUAGGGGAAGAGAGUGUAUGUGUGCGCGCGCUUUGGCUGUUGGCGGCUUGCCAAGUAGCUGUCUGUCGUGGGCGCGUAUGUGAUUUGCCCCUGAGGGGAAGUUAUUGUAAUGCGAGGCAUAGGCAUAGCUGCGUAGUCAGCCGGCUAUGCGUGGGGCUAGCCGCACGGGAUUGGUUGUUUUUAAUUGCCAAGACUACGCCCUCCCUCACUGCAUCCCCCUCCCUGUCAUAAAACUCGCACGCUACACACGCAUACGCAAACUUGCCGUUCGGAGGCUUCCUGCCUGUUCUCACAGACACUUCUUACAAAGUACCGCCCCCCACCCUUCUCUCCCCCUUUCUUGCCCUACUCUACCUUCCCCAGCUGCUCCUUCUGUGCCUCUCCUCUUGUACCUCUCCUCUUUCUUGGGUCAAGGCGCAGCCAUGUUGCGAAGACGGGGGUUUGGCCUUGCCUUGGCAAGCUGUGUUUUUCAGUAGGCUUCCUCCACAGCGGGAUCUAUCAGCAACCAGGACAAGGCGGCACUUGAACCUUCUCAUGCCUAGUCGGUGAUGAUACGCCAUCCACCUACCCAUCCGCCCUCCCCGACGAGAAGGUUCUUAAUGGUUUAGUAGUCGGGGCUUUUUUUUUUUUUGAGCGUGUGAAUAGAAUCACUUGGCAAGUGAGGUCGUCACUUGUUGGGAGGGGCCAGCCAGCCACCCACCUUGAUCCACAGCGUGGUUUUCAUGCCUGAACACACGCUGACGAGAGAUGACCGUGGCGGAGAACGGUGUCGAUGCCAUGCCUGUGCGUGUCAAGCCAGAGCCACAAGAUAGCAAUGUGCCACACCCAACCUUGCAUAGGAGCAAUGUUGAUGGAGCCCUGUCUUCUUCACAGGCAUCAGCUCUCUCAUUUAGCAAAUCCCAGCAUCGGGACAACACAGGCAUAUCAGCUAUGCCUGACACAGGCCGUGUGCCCACUGGUACUUUCCCAGAAGUUGGGCAGCCUGGAAAGCAGGGCUCCACUGGUGAUGCUACACAAAAAGAAAAGGAAAAGGCGCCACAAGAAGAUUCCAUUGACUUUGACAGCAUACGUGGCGUCUUUGGUUGGGCUACUGUGGAUGGUAUCAACGUCCCAUACAUCAUUCGUAAAUACAGGAAAUUUGUAGCAGUGAGAAUUGUGGAGAAGAAGAUUCUUAGCAAGUAUCCAAACUCUUUUCCUGAUGAGCUGGGGAAAAAAGAGCCUCUUAUUAGCUACUUUGUCACUGAAGCAGAAGCUAACCUUCUGAAUGAGAUUAAUACAGUGCACUGUAGCUUUGAAUAUGGCCACCAGCCCUUCACAACGAAGGACCUUAUUGUAGACCUUGUUGAAUUUGAGGAGUUUUAUAAUCUUGUGAAGAAAACCUUCCCGGAGGAUGUCUUAGCCACGAUGACUGGACAUAGCAACCUGGCUGGUGUCGAUGACAAAAAAGUGGAAUUGUCAAAAGUGUGUGGUUGGAUACAGAUCAAUAAUACUGUGACUCCAUACAUCAUCCGACCAGCGGGCAAGUUUGUGCCCUUGUCUGUGAUUGUUUAUGCAGCAGGACUGCUGACGAAAGAGCGGGUUGAAGGUUUGUCUCCAACAUCAGAAGAAUGUGGAUUCCUGAAUGCUACAUGCCAAGCUGCUGGUUUUGACUUCAGCUUUGGCAAAAACACCAAGCUGAUCCACAUUGCAGAGGUGGUGCAGAGGUGCAAAGUGAGGGUGUUUGAACUUCCAUUUGAUAAUCCAUUGCAGCAUGCUCAGUAUCUGGACUCCUUGCAGCAAAGCUCACAGAGCACAGACCAAGGAUCAGAUGGUUUGCUUCAAGCACCACCUGUGCGAUUUCCAGGCCAACCAAAUCUGUCCAGUAGCAUGACUUUGCCAUAUCGAUCCAUGCCUCUUUCAAAUGGACCUCCCAACAUGAAUCCAUUUAUGCCAAUGCCGUAUAACCCUUUUGCUUCCAUGUUGAACAUGAUUUAUCCAUCUCCUCCAACCUCUUCUGUGCCCAAACAGAAUAAUCAAACAUUUAUGCACUUGCCUCAAGUCUCUCAAGCUUCCAAGCUACCUGUGCACAGCCUGUCUUCUCAACUUCCACUGAGCUCACCAGCAUCUUCAUUGCAAAAUUCAUCUAUGAAUUGUAUUAAACCUAGACAUAUGCCAGCACCAGCAGAGGGUGUUGUGCAGCUUUCUACUGCUUCACAGGGACAGAGACCAGCUAACACUUUUGCUCCUCAGCCUGCCCGGCUAGGUGUUCAUACAGGAUUGGACAUGUGUUUGCGACCGUCUCAUGUUCUGACCUCCCAGUCUGGAUUUCUUCCUGGUGGGCAGCCUCCUCCUUACAGGCCGCCUCCCCCAUAUUGCCCUCCACCUGCUCACAUGGUACAGCAGUCAGGUCACCAUCAUCCUCCCACAGGUCUUCCAUGUAAUUUUUCUACAUGUCUUCUUCCUUCUAACACUUCACCGAUGGUGGAGCCUUCAAGUAGAAUGCUGUAUCCUGGUGGUGGGCCGUUGAUGAGGGGAGCAGUGCCAAUAGUAGGGUUUCCACCUCCUUCAGGGAUAUCUGGAGGUCCAGGUGGCAUUCAGUUAUCUACAGGCACUAUCCAGCUGCCAGGACAUCCAGCUUCGGGGACCCGAGAGUCUCCCAGAUCCACAGGGUUGUCACCAGCAGCUGAUAGUUUGUCUCUUGCUCGUCACUCACCUGUGGUUCCAGCACAGUCAAACCAUACCAUUCAUGCCCGGGAUGCGGCUGUUAGACUUUCAAGCUUGACAGGUUCACCUCCAGUGUCUACCUUGGUACAGGAAAGAUCCAGGACUUCCUCACCCCAAUCCCAUCUGCGACUGGUAUCAGAAAUCACUGCAGUGCUUGUGAGUGGCAAGAGCAUCUCCUGUCUUGUGAGAAACUUUCCAGACCGCCAGGGGAAAUUUUGUCUGGUAGAAGCAGUUUCUAAACUCUACUUUCCUCAGUGCAAGCUACCUGAGUUUGUGCAUGCCCUACAGAAUGUGUUGAAGAUUGACCUACCUUUGUGCUCUGAGGAAGAGGCCAAAGCAUUCAUUCACUUCUACAACCUGCCAGUUACGACACUUAAUGACAAUCACAUGAUACACUUGGACGAUCUCACAAAGUUCUUCCCGCAGAUGUCUUACAUGUUUGGUCAGCCAGAAACAACAAAGAGCACCACUGCCCUGCCUAUCACCACACGGAGGAACAGUGGUUCUGACUCAACUGUACUGAGGUCACCGACAACCCCAUUCACUGUCAUGCUGACAAGCAGUGACAGUGGGGAGGUGAUCAACAUAGACUCAGAUCCACCCACCCCAGAUUUAAGCAGUCCUGGUCAAGAAUUGGCUGGGGCAGGGGUGAAGCGUGGUGCCCUUGGGGUGCUUUCUGCCCCUGGGGGCAAACAGCCUUGUCAUAGGCUGGAGGAGAUGGUGGAGAAACUGAAACAGACCCAGCCAACUGCUCCUGAUGAGAAGGAUGCACCAACAGGUUUGCCAGGUGCUGAGGACCGUAGUGCCCUAUCAUCUUCUAGUGGUUCUGUGAUUGUGAUUGACUAGCAUGACGAAUGUUGGGAGGAUUGAUAUAUUUGGAAAAGUGCUUCUUUUACCCAGUGGAAAAGCUUUGUGUGUUCAGGGCAAGUCUUCAGUCACUUUGUGCCGAGAUUUUGUUUACCUGGUUGGUGGCAGUUAUGCAAAGGUUUUAAGCAAAUCACAUGCUUAUUCUGUGGAAUCUUGUGAAUAACCCUGAAACAUUACAGUGAAGAGGAGCAGCUAUGUUUAGUUCAUGGAGACUCAAAGAAAGGAAAAGGUUUGAGUCAGAUUGGAUGGUUGGGGGAGGGGGUACUCAAAGAAAGAAAAAGGUUUGAAUCAAAUUGGAUGAAGGAUAUUUUUAACUUUAAGAAGCUGCGAGUAUGAAGAAUGUUUGGUGAGUGUUGAGAGAGCCACUAAACUGGCAGAGCCAGUCGAGACAGUACUUUUUUGUGUAACUUCAAGUGCAUGGGAAAGAGAUAACCUGUAAUAAAUGUCACAUUACUAUAUAUACACAGAAUAUUUUGCAUGGAUGCUUUUAUAAAAGUGCUUGAGCCUUUGAAUGGGGAUUGCUUGAACUUUAUUUUGAUAUACAUUUAACAAUUGGUUGAAGUUGGAUCUUGGUAUUCUUGGCUUCCUUCUGAAAUGGAUUAUAAACUACUUGUUGGGCACCACACAAAAGUUACAGUAAAGGACAAAUAUACUUGCAGUUUUGAACAUGACACUUCUAAAUGGGAAAUAUUAGCUCAUGGAUAUGAACUGCUGCUGUUGAGAGUAGCAAGCCAUUGGUAAUAUUUGCUAUACACCAUCAAGCUUAAUCAAAAAGGGGAAAAAAUCCCGAUCACGAAAUGAUUAGCAUCAGCUUCAUAAGAGGUGGAACAGUGUUGUUACAGCAUCUCUAGCUUUAAAGUACAUUGGUGAAUGAAUAAUAUGAUGAAAGAUUUUGUGUGAUUGAAAUUUAUGCAAAUGUAGGUGUCGAAAGUCUAUUCCUUUUCAGUUAAAUAUUUGCAUUAGACUUUGGUGCACAAAAAUUGCAAAUGAUAUUGAGAAUAGUUCUUCAUAUUUUGAGAUUACUUUUGGAUACAAUUGCAAAUUGAUUUGUUUAAUAAGGAAUAGUGGUACCACAGUUAUUUUUUUUUUACAUAUUGAGGAUAGUUUUAGAAAUUUGCCUAGCUCCUUUGUUGUAAAUUAACAGCUUUCUUCAGCAACAAACAUCAUUUUUCUUUUGUCAGAAUACAAAAUCACAACUAGAAAUAAGCUCAGCAUUUUUUCUUUAUGCUAUCAAACUCAAAGUGAAUGACACUGAAAACUAUAGAGUUAAUGGUUGAGAGAGUGUUGGGAAAUAUAGUGUUAUCAACAAAUAUAGCAAAAUCCAGAGUUAACUGGUAGGUGUGAUGCUCUGAAUUUUAGAUGUACAUAGCCUUCAUUCCACCAAUUCUUAAUAAUGCUGCCUAUAAAAAGGGGCAUGCUUUGUAUACUGAAUGCCACUUACAAAGGACAUAGCAGCAAUAACCUUCAGCUGCUCUUUAAGUUAAAUUUAAUUCAGAGAAUCAGUUAAACUAUUAAAAGAAUUUGAAUGCAACAUAUUGGUUAUUGUAGUUUGCAACAACUUAUGCAAGCUCUAAAAGGGUAGAAAAAUGAAGCGUUUCCAUGUUACUAAGGCAUUCUUCCAUCGGCCUUACUGCUAAUAUAUGGGGCUUUCUACUGAUGCUAUGAAAUACACACCUUCACUGAACUAUACUUCACUAUAACUCUCUAAUAAUAUUAAAGAUAUUGAUUAUGUUUUGUAAGCUAUUCAUUUAUAGACUUCUAGGGAAUUUUAGUAAUAGUAUGGAGCUUUGUUGGAUUUUCUUGAUUUUUGUUCCACGUAUAAUUUUUUUUUUUUUGGGCCAAAUAUUCAGUUUCUACUACUAAUAAUAAUGUAGUUUUAAUUGUCUGUUACUGAGUUAUUUUAUGCAUGCUAGUUUUCUCUCUUUUUAACCAAGUGUAAGGUGACCUUACCUCUGAAGCCCACUAUCCAUCAGUAUAGACAGCAGAUUUCUCACCAACAACUUAUGGAAUUAGACUUUAGAAUAACUUAUUUUCUGUCAGUUGUCUUCAGUCCUGUAAGCUAAGGUUUAGAAGUGGAAUUACAAGACAAACGAGAUGGAUUACUACUUGAAAAAGAAGCAGCUAAUUAUUUAGUGGAUUUUCUGUUUGAAAAACACUUUGUGUACAGUAAAAUUAUGCAUAACACUCAUAAAUAAAAUAUAUAUAUAUAGCUAGGUAGGUUGCUAUGAUCUUAGAAUGGUGCGCUUUUAACUUGAUGCAUAUCAAAAUUCAAGGAGGAACUACUGAGGUAUCAUAAAAAUAACAUUUCUAUAUUCAUGCUACAACUACUACAUGUAGGUAAAACCUCUGUGAGUGUUAGUUUUAGCUGACUGAAGAUAGUUCUUAGGAACACUGAAGAGAAUUAGUACAGUAUUUUGAAUGUGUUUAUUUGAAAUCCAUUCUAAAGUGUUUUGCUCACCUUUUUUGUCUUUUUCCAACAUAUGUGGGUUCUUGUGCAUUCACAUGUACUUUACAGUAUAUGCAUUUGAUAGUGAAGAAAAAACUCAAUAAAAAGUGUAAGUAUUAUAAUUUUAAAUUACACAUUCUUGUCCUUUCUGACAGUAGUACAGCUGUAGCUACUAGUCCAAGACUGGAAGUAUUCCCACAUUGGUCUUAGAAACUCCAUAUAACACUCCACCUUCAUUCUUUCAAAAAUCAACUUAAGAGCUAGUGUCCUUUUUAAUAGCUUUUUAUCUUUAUCCAAACUUUUCGAUUCUCUGAAGAUUUUAUGUUUGCAUUAUUGUAUGUUAAUGUUUACAUGUAGAUUGAUUAAGAAGUAACUUCCAUCUCUAAUGUAUAAUUUAAUUUUAAGUACAUUUUUUAAAUGACACAAAUGACAUUGUUCAACUUAAGAUGUGUGAGCAUAUAUGGUAAAUAAAACAUUUUAGAAGGAAA